AUGUCUGGUGCAGGUCCUUCUCUCCACCCUGGCGACUGGCCAUCAAGAGCUGUCCUCCAGUUCCCCCCCGAUGCCGCGCCCUUGCCCAUUCCUCCCCCAUGGACGGGCGAGUCGACCUUCGCCAACCCAUUCCCCAUUCCCGAGGACAUUUAUCAGGGAGCCCUCUCGUACAAGGUCCCGCUGACCAUCGCCUCCGUCUACUUCGUCACCGUCACCUACGUCAAUUGGUACAACCGCCAACAUGGAAACAAGCCGUGGAGGAUCGCAAAGACGCGCCCCUUCUACGCCUUUGUUAUCUUCCACAACGUCUUCCUGGCUGUCUACUCAGCUGUCACUUGCGUGGCUAUGAUCCGCUGCUUGAAGCACUCGUUCCCCCACUACAGUGAGCCCAAUGCCGUUGUCGGCACCAUCGACGCUCUCUGCAAGAUUCACGGUCCCCGCGGACUGGGCGACGCCGUUACGUACCGCACCAACAACGACACUUGGGCCAGCCUCAACCCCAAGGUCCUCGUCGGACCCAAUGGCAUGCCAGACACGAGCGACGUUGGCAGAAUUUGGAAUGAGGGGCUGGCUUUCUGGGGCUGGUGGUUCUACCUGUCCAAGUUCUACGAAGUCCUUGACACGGCCAUCAUUCUCGCAAAGGGCAAGCGAAGCACUACACUCCAGAAGUACCACCACGCCGGCGCUAUGCUGUCCAUGUGGGCUGGAAUGCGUUUCAUGUCCCCACCUAUCUGGAUGUUUGCUCUGGUCAACUCUGGCAUUCACGCUAUGAUGUACACCUACUACACCGUCUCAGCCCUUGGCUUCCGGGUCCCAAACAUUGUCAAGCGAACCCUUACCACGCUCCAGAUCACCCAAUUCCUUGUUGGAUCUGCCUUUGCCGCCAUACAUCUCUUCGUUUCCUACACCGUCCCCGUUUCGGUAGCAUACAAGGUCGCUGAGAAGGUUGCGCCCAAGGUCUCCUCUACAGUCUCGUCUGCCGUCGCUUCGGCUACCGAGUCUGUUGCGGAAGCUCUGCCCACUGUCACUGGUGUCGGUGUGGCUUUCCUCAGGAGGCUCAUCUACCGUGCAGCCGGCGACGAGGGUCUCGCAGAGAACGUACCCAUUCCAGGCGAAUCAGUUCCGAUCCGCCAGCAGCAACAAGUGGUUGUCAACGAGCCAGCUCCCGUGCAGAACGCAGUACACGAAUUCUUCCACCCACACGAGACUGUUGAGAAGAUCUUCUACCGCAACGAGUACCAGACUGUUCCAUGUGUCGAUACCUCGGGCCAAGCUUUUGCCAUUUACGUCAACCUGAUCUACCUAGCGCCUCUUACCAUCCUCUUCAUGCGUUUCUUCUUCAAGUCCUAUCUCCGCCGCUCAUCGCCCAACACCAAGCGCGAUUCCAAGCCUCGCACCAUCUCCGACGCAGCCGGCGACGCGAGCCGUAGAGUAGAACGUGAACUUGACUCCCUUGACAAGUCAGCUGAAGACGCCAUCUCCUCUGGUGUAAACAUUGCUAGGGACGCCGUUCGUGGAAGAAAGCCAGCCAACGGCCAGAUCAAGGACGAGAGGCAGGGCAGCAUGAGCCCCGCUAACCAGAAGUUUUUGGAAAACGUGAACCGCAGAGUCAGUGAGAAAUUGCAGGAACUUGAUGAGGGUGCCGAUGCCACAUCCAAGAAGGCAAGGCAGAUAGCCAAGGACCUUGUUGGCAAGGUCGAGGAUGCUGGCGAUGCAAUCGAGGACGAGUAUACGAAUGGCAAGGAGAACGCCUUUCAGCGUUCAGCGAGCAACGCCCGCAAGCCUAACAAGAAGGGAAGCCAUUUGUCGUUGAAGAGUCAGAGGAGUGAGUCUGUGGCGAGACCAGAGCAAGAAUCUGAGCCAAAAGACAUCAACAACACUCUGGACGAGGCCGGAGGCAAGGGAAAGUUUUAG